AAAUCAAUUGAUCUCUUACUUCUGCAGUACUUGUGUGAGUAAUGACAGCAAGUGUUCCUUGAUCUGCUGAGGGCAGAGUUAAAAGAAUGGAGACGAGCAUGGUGGUCUGGUUGCUCGCGGCAGCUCUCGCUGCAGCCUUCUUUUUAACAAUCAGAGGGCGUAAUGGAUCUGCCCCAACAAGCGCCACUUCAAACAAUCUCAGUACUCAGAAAGUGUAUACAAAAUCUGAAGUUGCAUGGCACAACAAAAGUACUGAUUGUUGGAUCAUUAUAAAGGACAAGGUAUAUGAUGUAACUUCCUAUGUAGAGGAGCACCCAGGUGGAGACUCAAUACUAGCGCAUGCUGGUGAUGACUCUACUGAAGGCUUUUAUGGCCCACAACAUGCUUCGAGGGUGUUUGACAUGGUGGAUGAAUUUUACAUUGGAGAUUUGAAGCAGUAGGACAAAGCAAAAUAUUGCCUUAUCGUCAUUACCAUUUCAAUUUUUUCAAAAAGACAAAAAAUCACACAUUGUACGAGAUCAACAUGACUCAUUUUAGUUCUCUUGGAGGCAGUAAGACUAUAUGCAUGAUUUAAGUGUUAGAAUUCAAUGAUUGAAUAUCUAAUAUUGAUGUCUGGGGAUGAUGAUAAUGUUCUUUACCAAUAUUUGAGCCCUUACCAUUUCAAUUUUUUCAAAAAGACAAAAAAUCAUGCAUUGUAGGAGAUCAACAUGACUAAUUUUAGUUCUCUUGGAGGUAGUAAGACUAUAUGCAUGAUUUAAGUGUUAGAAUUUAAUGAUUGAAUAUCUAAAAUUGAUGUCUGGGGAUGAUGAUAAUGUUCUUUACGAAUAUUUGAGCCCUACUUACUUUGGUCACUUAUAUGACUACCUUUCUUUUUAUUUCAAAUUCAAUUGAAACAUGAAUUAUUUUUCAAAUCAAAAGGUGUAGGAUGCAACAAAGUAAGAAAAAUUGAAAAAGAAAAGACAUAUCAAGGAAGAAGGUUGCAUGUUCAAUUUUCUAAUCUUUUGUAGACCUAGCCCUGGAUUGUUCAAGACUGGCCACAACAUGGCUUUGCUCACAGAAUCAUGAGGUUGAAAUUUGAGGGGGUUUGGGUGGGUAAGUUUUUGCAAGAGUGACAAUUUCUGGGGUGCUUGCUAGGCACAGGCUUAAAAAAAAUAUGAUCACCCUUUAUAUCCGUCUUUGAUCUUUUGUCCAAAAAAUGAUUAUUCUUUACUUAUGAUUCAUCCUCACGAGCCUUUUCCAUAAUCCAUUGUUUUAAAAUUGAUGUUCAAAACACACCAUAACAAAGUUGAUUUGUUGCGACUUUGCUUUGCUUUAUCUAUUCACAUUUUUCAAUUGGAAGAUUCUGUAUUCCCAUUUUGCUUUGUCGUAUUCCAAAUCUGCAUUUAGUAGAUUUUUUUUUAAUUUAUAAUAUUACAAAAACAUUUAGUCAUGAUGUGGAUGCUUUAAUCUAAUCAACACUUAAAUAACCAUUAAAGAUAUAUUUGAGCAGUGUUUAUACUUGCAGACAAUUAGCUAGCUCAAAUUGAUUGGAUAACAUCGAUUAAACGGUAUGGAGCUCCUCAUAAUCUCGCUCAAACAAGUUCGUACAUCAUGUCUUUUUAUGAAUAGCCCUCGUAAAGUUACUAACUACCAUGAUUCAUUACUCCGAGACAUUGCAUUCAUAUGCUGACAACUGUUGUUCAAAUACAAUAUAUUUUUAUGUGAUAUUGAUUGUUGAUGUAUAUUGUAUAUCAAGUAUUCUAACCAUUGGAUGGUUUGAAAGUGCAUUUUUUUGUCAGUUGUUUUUAUCAAAAAAUGUAGUAGUCAACUCUUCGUUCACAGAAAUUAAGGGAACUAUCAGGAUUUGUCACUUUGUUUUUAAAUGUGAGGUGAUCAGAGUUGCCCAAAAUAAGCUGAACAAUAACCGUGCAUUUGUCACUAAAUGUGAGGUUAUCAUAGAUAAAUGUGAGGUUAUCAUAGAUCCAGAAUAGUUUGAACAAUAGCAGGUUAUCAUAGAAGUCAACAUGAUGGGAAUGAGAUGGGGGUAUGAAAACCUGAGACCUAACACUUGUGAAGAGACUUUAUAUAGAGAAAUACAUGUCACUACUGAAUCAUUCAUGCAAUAUGAUCUUGUAUUUUAUACUCACAACAUUAACUAAAACUUACAAAAAUAAAAAUGGGUGUCAAAUAUCAGGAGCUUUUGUUGUCAAUGUGAUACAUCACACAGAUCAGCUCGGAUAGAGAACAAUUUAAGUCAGAAUGAUAGAGGUAUCCAGGUAUCUUCAAUGCCCAUUUAUUGCAUUAGUUUUGAAAAUUGCUCUUCUUCCUCAUUUUGUCUGACAGGUACUGAUCCAUGGUUUGAAUCUACAUUAUUAUUCUAUUGCUGUCAAUUAUCAGAAAAAUGAACUUGAAGAAAAGAUGCUUCUCAAUUUACACAAGAAGAAAUGGACUGAUGGUCCGACCCUUCAACGCUUUGAUUCUCAUGCUAAAACAAAUGAACAAACAGUUCAGGAAAUGCUUAACUUCGCAGUGAAGUAUGACAAAGCCGUACAAGAAGAGGACUAGCUGCCUCCUGAAAAACUUGUUAUUGCGAAUGUUGGCAGAGAAAAUGCCAAAAAAGAUCUAGAGGAGCAUGUUGCAAAUUUGAUGUCUUCAAAUAUAGUUCAAACCCUAGGCACCAUGCUUGAUGCAGUUGUUUUUUAAGUUUUAGGAAAUUACAGAAUAUAGUGAACAUCUUUUUCUUUCAUUUACAGAAGAACACACAGCAUAUUGGACAAGUGGGUCAUGCCUCUAAGAUGGUGACUUGAUUAUUGAACUUAUGGACUGUUUAUGGCUGAGAUCAUGUUAUCAAAGGAAUCAGGAUAUUGGAUGCUUAUAUAUUAUGUUUAGUUUACUUUCUAGUCGAAGGGAUUUGAUGUGCGAAAAUUUGAUAAAAUAAUGUAAGUAAAUCCAUCAGCUGGCUACUGGUGUGAGCCAUGAGUACAGCAGUAAUGGAUUGUUCCCUUUGAGUUGAACUACUGGGUUCGGGUUCAUGAAAACAUUUAUAUAGUUUAUGUACAAACUCGAAGAAAUUUGAUUAACCAAAAUUGAAGCUGGGGAAUGUGUGCAAUUAUGACCUGGAGAUUUACUUCAGGUGUACACCAGCAAUGCCUUAUAUUUACUUAUUCAGCAAAUGCAAUAAAUGUGUGAAAUUAA